AUGAAACAAGGCACCCAGUGGCAGGAGUAUAGAGAUCUGGUAGCGUCUGUGGUUAUGGUGUGCCCAAACUUGGAGCGCCUGUUGGGCUUGUCUAUCCCGUAUCACCAUGAAUUCGAUCGCCUGACCCAUGCUUUAUCGACCCGCAAGAAGCUCAAAGAGCACACAUGGGUUUUGGGUGAGGCCGCCGAACCAUCGGAGCCAUCCCCGCGCGACGACUCCUGUCCUGGGAGCCUUGGUCCUUCCCAGAUGUUCGAGUUUCUGAAUUACCACACCUCGUGGACAAAUCUGGAGACACUAAUGCUUUAUGGAUUGAAUGGAAAUGGCGCACUGGAGCCUAGCAUCUCACUGCGCAUGUUCAAUCUUCUUCCCUCAUUGCGCAACCUUUGCAUUACCUCCUUUAACAAAGACUCCUUCGAUAAUAGCACGUUGAUGUGUCUGCCACCCUUGGAGUCAUUAAGGUUGGAGAACCUGUCCGGGGUUACAGAUGCUGGCCUCUCCCAAUAUACCUCACGACCUGAAUCCCGCUCCCUCAAGACACUCGUCUUGGUCGAGCAGAAUAUCGAGUCACUACUAGUCAUUUCCAAGAUGCUCGCGUCACUACGACAACUUGAACGGUUCAAGAUAGUCCAGACCGAAAAGUGCCCAACUUUGCCAGAUGAACAUAUGAUCUUCCAGCCUGUCCUGGCCUCAUCAACUCUUAAAUAUCUCCACUGGGAUGUAGCAUGCCCAGACCCAGGCACAGCUCUCACCCAGCUUGAUACCCUUCCCUUCCAGAAAUCCAAAAAGCCCUCCAAUACCCCGAACUCCCAUCUUGCCCAAAGCAUCCUCUCCGCUGGUUUCCCCCAAUUGGAAACCCUCCGCGCACCCUGCGACGUGGAGCCCCCAGGUGCGCUCCAGGCUGUCUGCCGACCUAUACUAAAGGGCCAGGCCUUACUUCGACCAGACCGGUACAGCUUGCCUCGCAGCUCCCACGGUUCCGUGAAUACUCGACCGCUCGCUCUGCCAGCGGGGAAUAACCUGACCUCAGCUCGUAUCCGCGCCCAGACGUUUAUUGACAUGGCCGCCAAGGACACCGAGGCCGGCAUGCGAGUUUUGAUCCAAGAUUACUCGGACGCGUAUGUGCCGGACAAUGCGCAGAAUUCCCAAUUCGAGGACGAGCCCGAACAGGAAAUGGACGACUACGGAAUCUGGGCUGCCUGCGAGCGGUUCAAACACGAGGACAAUGACCAUAGCGGUCCCAAAACGGUCCACGAGUUCCGCAUGCCGACCAUGAUGGGCCGUAGUGGUUGCCGGGAUCCGGUGACGGGCGCAUCUAUUCCUCACUUCCUCCUCCGUCCUGAUAUCACCGGCCAGGAAUUGGACGGUGGCUUGAUUGGGUGGAAGCAACUGCUAGCCUCCAACCAGUCACUGUCAUAUGCCGCCGGAGUGGGCGUCAACUGCUUUGGCAGCGGAAGCCCUUCUAUCCCACCUCCAGAGGAGCCCAUGUCGCCUGCAUCCACCAUUUCUAGGUUCGGCUGGGGAAGCUUGAGUGGGCGGUCUGUCAUGGGUACGUCUCCACCCACACCCACAACACCACUCACGCCUAUAAGUAGUGCGAUGGGCUCGGCCUUGCCUUGGGAGAAGGAUACCUGUACUGGAACCUGGAACCACAAAGCAGGCCGGGACUGGUGGUUCCAUAUGGAGCGUGAUCGUCCGGGCAACUCGGAGCUCAUCGACGUUAAACAACUUUUCUAA